AGAGCGAGCACUCAGGAGAAAGCUCAGAGAGAAGAAGUGAGAGCAGAGGUAGAAGGAAAGUCGUGGAAACAGGAACGCCAUAAAUAAAACCAAGAGGAACUCGGCAGCCUGGUCAAUGAUCAGCCACCAUCUUUAAGUAAAUCAGAGCGAGUGAGACGAGGACAGAGAGACAAGGACAGAGAGCGAGAAGCCAAGUCAUCACCACGAUGAAGAUGUGGAGUCGCCUCUGCUUCCUCGUUCUGGUGGUUUCUUCUGUUUCUGGAGGACAAGAGGAGCAGUCACAUAAAGACCCCACACCCCCUCCUUUAACAGCUGAAAGUGAAAAAAGAGAUCCCCCCACACUGCCCACUGUGACUCAGACAUCAGUGAAUGGAACGGCUCUGCCUUCAGGAUCCUCUACGAGCCAAGAAGCACAGAACACAGUUACACACCACUCGGGCAACAAAAUGAAGGGAACCAGUGGCGGCACAGUGGCAGAUACAACGUUCGGCAACGUAACAGGAAGCACGAGCAAUGUUACGUCUGCGGAGACGACAACAAGCAACCCAGCAACAGAUAAAGACACAAGUACUCCAUCCUGGGCUUAUGUGAUGCUGGUGAUCAUCAUCCUGAUCAUCAUUGCUCUGUGUAUCAUCCUCUACUUUCUCCGGAGAAUCUCCAGGACCUACUCGUUUGACCUUCACCGCCCGGCUCCCGUCAGCCAUCUUGAUGAACCCAUGGGCACUUUUGAACCGGUCUACCAGGACGACCUAGAUCGACCAGCCCCUAAAGACCAGGCGACCAGCGAUGACCUUUCACCUCCUCUAGUAGCAAAUGGCACAAGUCUACAGUUGGAAGAAAAGGGCUCCUGUGGAGAGAGCGCUCCACAGGGACACCCUGAUGCAAACAGCAUGGAGAGCUCACCCCUGGGUAACACCAGCCCCUCGCUGGGUGACGAUGCAUCAGACAAGACACCCAGCCCACUGAGCAGUACCAACCUGUUCUUUGAUGCUACUGGGGAGGAGCAGCACAAUGAAAACAACAACCACCCAGCGGCUUCCUCCAGUGACCCAUUUGUUGAAAUAAACCUGGAUGACCCAGCGUGGUGCGACCAGCUCUUCCCCUCUCCUGAUGGCUCCUCAUCCGUCCACCCGUUCUCUCCUUUCUCCUUGCCUUCAUAGCAUCCAGGCCAAGAUGGCGGCCGAGACUGGGAUGUCAACUGACAAAGCUAUUGUUCUUUUACUUCCAGUUGUCAUUGAACAUAAAUCUAGUUUAAACAGUAUUGUUCAAGUGUGAUAUGUGUUCACGUCAAACUGUAUAUUGGCCAGGUUUCUUUUGACACGGUCCUUCUCGUCCACAGUUCAACACCGAGUCAAUCAGCUCACUUAACCUGAGCUAACCGUUAGCUAGCUACCUUGAUGACUCGGGGUUUUUGCUGGAACCUUUAACAGUAUGUGACCGGACCAAGAUACAGGCCUGGGUAACAAAAUAAUUUUUAGUACAUCCCAAUGCCAAAGGAUAUUGUCCCUCCGGGGUAAAGAGGUCAAUUUCAUACCAACUCUACAAAAACUGUGUUCCCACACUGUCUGCAAAAGUACAGACACUGGUUUAAUCCACAAGAAUGAGGAUUUAUGAGCCAAUGUGUAAUUUAAUGAUAGUGAAUCAGUUUUUAAAAGGCCUAACACCAAAAGCUAAAAUAUUACCCAUGAAGAGAACCCACUCAGCCACUUUCUAAUAAAUACGGUACAAAACAAAUAAAAAUGGUCAAGGCCAACAGAUUGGGACAAUGAAACACCACAACAAAAACAAACUUAAGAGGAUCUUCCCUUUAUUUUGUUUAUCUACCUGAGCUCUAUGACUUUCAACAGAUCGUACAGCAGGCUGUAGAGACUGCGCCCCCUUAUGGCCAUUUGUUAGUUACUCAGUGGCCUUUUUAAAACAAUGAGCCUGUGUUUCUUCACGGAGCACCAUCAGCCUGAACACAACCUGAAGUGUUUGUCUUCAAACUAGAGAUAUGUACUAGGAAGCUGUUACAAACCAUGUCCUCUGUUUUUCUGUGGGGCAACCUGUAAUGUUUUAACUGGAGCCACAGUCAGAGGAAAUGUUUUCUACAUUAUGAAAUAUGGAUGCUGUAAAUAUUAGACAUUUAUACAUUCAUGUGCAUUUAGAAUUUUGUUGUGUCUGUGUAUAGAAGUUGAACUGCUUUAGGUUCUUGUGUUUUCAUCUGCAGUAUUUUUCAGUACUUGUUUUUACUCAGUGUAAUAAAUACUUUUUGGAGAAUGUAAGAAAUAAAAAGAUACUUUUC